CCCUGCAGUGCCUCCGAAGAGAGAGCACGACCAGCAGGACAGAGUAACUUAAGGACCACAGACUGUGCCCUGCAGUGCCCCGAAGAGAGAGCACGACCAGCAGGAGAGAGUAACUUAAGGACCAGACGACCAGCAGGAGAGAGUAACUUAAGGACCACAGACUGUGCCCUGCAUGGUUCAGGAGUGAGUACGGCCAGCAGGAGUGAGUAACGUAAGAAAAAACCUCUGAUUCAAACAGUUUUUAAAGACUUUGUGACAGCUGCCACAGCCCACCAGCAGUGCACGGGAGAACCACAGAAGAGCAAGUUCUCAUAGAGCAUCUGAAUGCUGCUCCAACUCUUUCAUAUUCAUAGUCAAGUUAUGUUGAGGAGGGCUUUUGGUAAUUGGGAUAUUUGGUACGUCUGCGACUGAAACUAAAUACAAAUCUGAACCUUAAAAAACGCUUGGAAGGAGAGAUAAACUGGAACAGUUUUGCCAGUUUCAUCCAUCAGCUUCAGAGUACUUCCUCUGCCUGUCUGUGUGUGUGUGUGUGUGUGUGUGUGUGUGUGUGAUGGCUGCCCCCUCCAAAUGGAAAUUGAAAUAUCCUUCAAAGGCAGUGGCGCUGACAAACUGCUGAUCCUCAGCACAUUUUUCUUUUGUUGAAUUUGUUCCUGUCAGAACCUCAUUUUUCAUGUGGACUCAAGUCAUUUCCACGCAGCGCGCUUCCAUCACACGCCUCCUUUGAUCUCCAUGCAAAUACAGCGCUGGGAUAAAUGACAGGAAACCGAACGACACUCAGAGCCGGGACCAGGCAAGGCCAGUAGCCCACCUUAAGAAGGAGGCAGUGCUUUUAAAGGGCAGGGUGGGAGAGUGAUUCCUGUUUUGUGUACGUAGGUAUCUUGUUAUUUAAGAAUCUGGGAAACACACAAUGUCUUUAACUGGACAGAAGGAUUGCGUCUGUAAAGUGCCAUCUGGACGCUACGUGUCGGCGAGUCAGAGUAGCCCCACACCCGCCUGGGCCACGCUGCCCCCCUGCUCCUCGCUGAAGCCGGCGCGGAGCGGGUUCAGGAAGGUGAGCAGCGCGGGAGAAGCGGGCCCGUGCCCCAUCCCGGGCCUGGCGGAGGGGGUGCUGGAGAUGAGGGUGAGGGAGGGCAGCAAGAUUCGGAACCUUCUGGGCUUCGCCAUGGCCCGCAUGCAGGGUGGGGUCCAACAUGGCGGCCGGACCGCGCUCAGCCAGGUCCUGUUCACCGGGUCGGGCCGCGCCAUCACCAAAACCAUCACCUGCGCCGAGAUCAUGAAGAGGCAGAUCCGCGGGCUGCACCAGGUGUCCAAGCUCCAGCACUGCACCGUCAGGGAGGAGUGGGAGGGCGGGGACAGCAUCGGCUCCAGGAUGACCAUUCACAGAAUGGUGCCAGCCAUCUGCAUCCUCCUGUCCAAGGAGGCCCUGGACCCCCGCGAGCCUGGAUACCAGCCUCCAGAGGAACAACACUCUUCAUCUGACCCCCGCGAGCCUGGAUACCAGCCUCCAGAGGAACAACACUCUUCAUCAGACCCCCGCGAGCCUGGAUACCAGCCUCCAGUGGAACUUCACUCUCCAUCUGACAACAGCAUGCCGGUAUAUCAGCCUCCAGAUAAACUUUAUACCUCAUCUCAACCCAGCCAGCCAGCAGAGCUGCUACACUCUCUAUCGGACCCCAGCCAGCCAGCAGAGCUGCUACACUCUCUAUCGGACCCCAGCCAGCCCGGAUGUCAGCCUCCAGAUGAACCACACUCUGCGACUAACCGCAGUAAGCUGGGAUACCAGACAUCAGCGGAGGCCUGCCCUCUCACUCACCCCCGUCAGCCAGAAGAGGAGCUUUACUCCCUAUCUGAGGAGAAGAGGAGUGCACACCACUGUGGAGUUUCCAGAAAGAGACCUCUCAGUCCCUGCUCUCCCUCCAGACAGGCAAAAGCCAAAAGCGCUCUGUUUGAGGAGGGGAACAUCUAGCUUUAUUUUAAUACAAAUUUGAACGUCACAGAUGCUCAGUCACAGAUGAUUUAAUAGCGGAACAUCCAGUUAGUGAAGAACUUUUGUCCUGUAUUGGUGCUACAUAAAUUCAUUUAUUUACUUUUUAUUUAUUGUUUGUUUGUGUACUACUGUGUGUGGGUCAGGUGGAAGUUCCACAUCAGACAUCACAAUUAGCUAGGCAGCAGGAGUAAUGCAGUGGGGCAGCAGGAGUAAUGCAGUGAUGCAGCAGGAGUAAUGCAGUGAUGCAGCAGGAGUAAUGCAGUGGGGGCAGACUGGAAUGUCAGGGAGAGAAAAGCUCAUUUAUUUGGUCUGGAUGGAUGGAUGGGUAGAGCAUGUCUGGCCUACUGAAAGCAUCUGAAGCUAGCAUCAUGUGGAGCAUCUCCAUACAAGGGAAAGGUUGUAGGCUGCAUUUGGUAUUUAGGCUGCACUUGUGUCCUUUCAUGUGCUGUGUUGUAGUCUGUUUUACUAAUGUUCAAUAAAGUUUGAUUACAAAGGCUGUUUUUAUUUGCACAGCAUACAGCCAUGUAAGUUACUGGUCUUGGCUAAGUUAUCACAUGUGUAGAAUGAGCAAAAGCGAAGUGGUGUA